AUGGCAUUAGAAAUAGAUUACAACGAAGUGUUAGAUUUUGGCGAGGAGGCGGUGAAGAGUGUGGACGAAAAGAUGAACAUCUUGAAAUUUGAUUAUAAUUGGGCCGAAGUAGUGGAGGAAGCAGAACAUUUAAAGCAAGAGACAAAGAUCGAAGGGAAAAAACAUCGAGACCCACAAAAAAUAUUAAGGAGGAUCCACGAGCAAAGAAUGCGGGAAAUAGAAGACAAAAACAAACAUAGACUGGUCUUAAGUCAAGUUCAUAAGGAAUUGUUGAACAUCUUCGGUGCUAUGCAGAGAAAACAGACAAAACGAGAUCCCCAGAAAAUACUUAAAUUACACCACGAGAUACGUAUGAAGAAGAUUGCGACAAAAAUAGAGACGAAUAUACUCAUCAUGACAGCAUAUAAGCGAUUACUGGAAAGAUUCGAGGCCAAGCAGAGACACACAGAGUUGCUGAAGACUGUCCAUAAUGAGCUAUUGAGUGUGGUGAAAAAAGAAGAAAACACAGAUACAUGUACAACUGGAGAGAGAAAAACUCUGCUAAGUAGACUAAAGGUACUGGCAGACAAAGCAAAAGAACUGGUGGAAUGGAUGUGUUUUCAGUGGUUUUAACUUUUUCAAAAAGAAAAUUGUCAGACGAAUUUUGUUUCAUUGAACGGAUU